CUUUAUUUCAUACACGGGCAAACAAAUCUAAAUAUUACGUGGUGGACUGGGAAGAUAAAUAGCCGAGGAAUGCUACUCACAGCUGCAUCUGUUGACGAAUCCUGACUAAAGAAACCGCAGGAGAGAUACGUCGGAAUUAUUUGCAAACAUGUUGGAAGCAAAGUCGAAAAUAUUUAUUGGGGUUCUACUGACUAUACUCUGCAAUAAUUGCAGUGGCCAAUUUUAUGUGGACCACAGUUUAGAACUAGGCUCCGAACAGGUCUUCAAGCCCUCAAAGAUCGCACACCCGAUUGUUCUCACAACAACUCCCGGAGACCUGUGUAGGGAAUUUUUGGGAACUCCAGAAGCCACUUGGGCGAGUUAUGCAUACAGGGCGGAUAUCUGCACUAGACCAAUUAGUUGUCGCAACCGGCCGAGUUUUACCAUUCACACAAGACCAGGAAGUCCACCUGAGGGGAUGCUUUGCGCUCUUCACAUCAGUGGCAAUGAUCAAGAGGCAAUUAAAUUUGUUUGCCACAAAGGAUCAUGCGUCAAAGCAGCAUCAUAGGAAGAGUAAAAAAUAUUGACCCGAGAGUAAUAUAUUCGUUAAACAAACACCAGUUCCUCCAUCCAUCCAUCUUCGAGAACAGUUACGCAUAUAAUUCUCCAGACACGAGUCACAGACAUCAACAUUUUUCUGUGAUAAUUCUAAGGCUCUACAUCUCGUACCGGAAAUCGAUAAUUCGUGCAAUUAAAUAAACAAUUAGACAUUAGAUAACUUGAACGUCAGACAUGUAUACUUGUGAGGACGUUGAAGAUUUCGAGCUAUUACUGAC